AUGUCGAGCAACAUCUUUUCAGUGGGGACAGUCAUGCAUCAGAGUCCCUUGUGCCACGAUGACCCUUUCGGAGUUAUUUUAAAGUCGCUCACAUUUUUCGGCGUGUUCCUGGACGGUUAUGCCCCGGGAGGGUCGGUAAAUGGGAAACUCACCGUCGCCUACCGUUACGCAACGUUGACUUACAUGCACUGCGUCGUCCUGGCUCACCUGUACGGUGUUUGUUCAGGCAUCACAGGUUGGACCGACAUUAUCACGAUGUUCAUCGCCGGGUCCGCAGUGUUCACCAUGGACUUCCUGUCCCUCCGGUCGCGUAGCAUCAAGGAACUGCUGUCAACGCUACGUGCCUGCACCGGAGACACCUCGCUCGCAGCGCACCACCGAUUGUCUCAACGGGCUCGUCUAGGCGUCACUGCCAUCUGGGUCUAUUUAGUGGCCUUCAUCGUGAACAGCAUAUGCAGCGUGUCAGUCUCCCACCCGCAAGACACUUGGAACACUUACUUUCUGGGCGUCAACGCGUCUCACUUCUCCGUGUCCACCGCGCGUGCAGCGGCCAUUAUUGUGACGAGCUUGCGCCUGUAUUUGGUUGACGGUCCCUGGUUCUUCUUCAUGGGUUUGUUUGUGAUCAUCUGCUGGGUGUUGCAAGCUAGUUUCGAGGAUCUCGGCUCCAAAGUUGCCGAUGACUGUGAUUUGACUCCCGAAGACGUUGGAGGGUUGAAGCGACGUUACCACCACUUGACGACGGUAGUGAAUGACGUAAAUGACAAUUUUUCGCCCUCGCUCUUUGCAUGGUACGUAACGGUACUUGUGGCUCUGUGUUCCCGGUUCUCAGCUAUAGUCACGCGUACGAGCACGGAGACGAACCUGGUCUUCUGGUGGGUGACUCACUUGUUGGGCCUGCUCUGGACGUUAGCCAUUAUGUUUGGCGUGUCGAUCGCAGCUGCAGAAGUGAACGAAUCACCCACGAAAAUCCUUGCUAGCGUAGAAGCAGCGGGCUUCAGAACGGCUGACAAAAGAAAUGAUCUGGCUAAGAUGUGCAUGUCGGUACAGCUGUGGGUGCUGGGGAUGAGGCACCACUGCGCCAGACUAACAGGAUGGAAUUUUUUUACCAUCAGCAGGCCUUUCAUCCUCAGCCUGAUCGGAGUUAUUGUCACCUAUACCGUGAUAAUUAUUCAGAUGAAUCCUGAGCUCAUGAUGAAAUUACAAAAAGGAAUAUAAUAUGAUAGACAAGUGUGACGGCGGCACACUAUAUGCCGUUGCCAGCUCUUGGAAUGUGCUUUGGUAC